AUGGCGCCGGAAUCUACAGAGACGGAGCGAUGGUGCGUCGUUACCGGUGGGAGAGGAUUCGCGGCGAAGCAUCUUGUUGAGAUGCUCGUACGCUACGAGAUGUUCCACGUCCGCAUCGCCGAUUUAGCUCCGGCGAUUCAGCUUGAUCCUCAGGAGGAGAAUGGAGUUCUCGGCGAAGCGAUUAGAUCCGGUAGUGUUCAGUAUGUCUCCGCUGAUCUCCGCGAUAAUGCUCAAGUCGCCAAAGCUUUUCAGGGAGCAGAGGUGGUGUUUCACAUGGCAGCUCCAGAUUCUUCUAUCAACAAUUAUCAGCUUCAUUACUCGGUUAAUGUUCAAGGGACAAAAAAUGUUAUUGAUGCUUGUGUUAAUAAUGGAGUAAAGAGGCUUAUCUACACGAGCUCUCCUAGCGUUGUGUUUGAUGGUGUUCAUGGUAUUUUGAAUGGUAGUGAAUCAAUUGCUUAUCCAUCCAAGCACAAUGACUCGUAUUCAGCAACUAAAGCUGAAGGAGAAGCGUUGAUCAUGAAGGCGAAUGGAAGUAAUGGACUACUCACUUGUUGCAUACGUCCGAGUAGUAUUUUUGGUCCCGGUGAUAGAUUAUUGGUUCCUUCGCUUGUUGAUGCUGCGAGGGCUGGAAAAUCCAAGUUUAUUAUAGGCAAUGGGAAUAAUCUCUAUGAUUUCACUUACGUUGAAAAUGUUGCUCAUGCCCAUGUUUGUGCCGAGCGUGCUCUAGCUUCAGGAGGAGAUGUUUCUACAAAGGCUGCAGGCCAGGCAUAUUUCAUUACCAACAUGGAGCCAAUUAAAUUUUGGGAUUUUAUGUCACAGCUUCUUGAAGGACUUGGCUACGAGAGGCCAAGCAUAAAGAUCCCUGCGUUUGUCAUGAUGCCCAUUGCGUAUCUGGUUGAACUGAUAUAUAAUUUGUUGGGGCCAUAUGGGAUGAAAGUACCACAACUAACACCUUCAAGAGUUAGGCUGCUCUCAUGUAACAGAACUUUCGAUUCCACAAAGGCAAAGGAUCGGCUAGGCUAUGCUCCUGUUGUGCCGCUUCAGGAAGGUAUACGGAGGACGAUAGACUCAUUCUCUCACCUGACAGCUUCAAGUCAAUCCAAAAGAGAGGGCCCAUCCAAGGCUUAUAGGAUCCUUGGAGGCGGAAAGGUUGCUGAUACACUUCUCUGGAAGGAUCUGAAGAAGACUCUCAUUGCCAUAUUCAUUCUCAUUAGUAUUUAUUAUAACUUUAUUGCAACUGGGUCUACCAUCAUAACUGCUCUUUCGAAGGCUCUAUUCGUAUCAUCGGUAUUUUUGUUCGUCCAUGGCAUUCUACCAGAGAAAAUAUUUGGUUAUACAGUUGAAAAGAUUCCUGCAUCGCAGUUUCACCUCUCGGAAGACUUGUCACAUCACCUCUCAUUGUCAGUGAUCUCUUCAUGGAACACCACUGUUAAAGCUCUUAAAUCACUUUGCCGGGGGAAUGAUUGGAGCUUCUUUCUCAAGGUGGUCUUCGUUUUGUUAGUAUUGAGUUUCGCUGGAGCCAUAUCUCUUCACAGCAUAUUUGUUAUAGGACUUCCCCUUGCAUUCACUGCGUUUCUCCUGUACGAAAAGAAGGAACGAGAGAUCGACUCGGUAGUGCUGGGUUUAAAAUCUUUCGUAUGCGAGCAAAAAUCCGAUUUGUGUGAGAAAAUGUUCGGAAGCAAGAAAGAUGACUAA